UUGGAAUCCCUUUAACUAGAUGCUCCGCAUUAUUCUUCCAUUAUCCGUCAUUCAUGCUACCACACUUAACAUCCGUCAUCACACCGAACGUUCCAAACUUUUGCUCACCUCAUUCAAGCCCCACUGCAUAUAACAAAUACGGUAACUAACGAAGCUCACGACAGCUGACAGCAACAACAAAGCUGCAAGUGAAGCCAACAUGGGUAGAGCAGUCUGUGUCAUGGUGGGAGUGGAGUCUAUUUCUACGAGCUGGUGAGGGUGUCAACAACCCGCAGAUGCACAGGAAAAGAAUGGCUCGGAAUGUUAACUUUGACCUGGGCCACCCGCUCAUGGAGGCUGGACUGGAGAGCCUGGCUGAUGAGGAAGGCGUUCAUGACUCAUUCAACCAGCUGAUCGCAGAGCAGACUUACAACGGAGGCCUGGGAGAUGCCUUUGAGCUGCAGCAGCUACAGAAAGAACUAGAUGAGGAAAGUCAAGAUAAUGUGGCCCACCUGUCUAGCCCUGGACCUGAGUUCAGGGAGAGGAGGAAGCAGAGACGGGCACUUGGAUGGGAGGAUGAUGAAAGAGUGGUUGACCCCUCCACUGGCGAACGAUGGUCUUCAGCCACCUUGAAGAUCCUGUCUUCUAUGCCCAGUCGUACCAUUGGCCGCAGCAGGGGAGCCAUCAUCUCGCAGUACUACAACAGGACCAUGCAACUUCGGAGGCACAGGCAGAGCAGACCCUCCAUCCAAGACUUCUCACGCUCGGCCAGACCCAGCAUACGAGGUUAUGGCUUGGAGACGGACAAUACAGACGUAGAGGCAAAUAAACGGGAACGUCUGGUGAAUAAUUUGCAAAACCUGUCGGUCAGCGACAGAGUCAGGAUGCUCCAAGCGAUGCCGCUCAGCGUGGCAGAAAAGAGUGAACUCCGGAGGUUAGCUUUGCAGAAGGAGAGACGGACACUGUCUGGAAGUCAGAUCCCCUGCUGCAGUCGACUCAAAUAUUACAUCAUCAUCGCGGUGAGACAGAGUUGGUACAGCUCGCUGUCCUUCCUGCACUCCCUCCAGCUGUGGCAAGAGGCACUCAAGCGGGUCAGUGGCCGCUUCGGCAGCGGAGUCCUCUCAUACUUCCUGUUCCUCAAGACCCUGCUCUUCUUCAACCUCUUCCUCUUUGUGGUGACCUGUGCGCUCUUGGUGCUGCCUCAAGCGGUGUACCCCCCGCCGCAGUCUGGUGGCGGACGCAACUUCACUGGACUGGAGAUCCUCACUGGAGCCGGCUAUUUCUCAGACACAGUGAUGUACUAUGGAUACUACUGUAACUACACGCUGCAGAUGAGCUGCAGGAGUGAAAGUGAGAGCGGGGGGGAGCAUAUGUCUGCAUCCAACACAACCAGCCUGGACUGCACGUUGAAACAUCUGCCUUACAAGAUGCCGCUUGCCUAUUUCUUCACUAUCUGCGCCGCCUUCUUUAUCACUUGCAUCAUCCUUGUGUACAGCAUGUCAAAGUCAUUUGGUCGCAGCUUCCGAAUUGACAAAUCUCACAACAACCUGGCCUUGAAAGCCUUCUGCUGCUGGGACUUCAAUGUUAUCAAGAAAACUUCAGUCAAACUCAUGUCUGAGAAUAUCUGCACCCAGCUCAAGGAGCUGAUAGCAGAGGUCAAUCAUAAGCAUUCCAAAAACACCGUGUGGCAGAAGCUGUGGAGACUGGCGGUCCACAGUCUGGCCUGGGCCAUCUGCAUAGCAAGCACCACCGCCUGUGUGCUGAGCAUUUACUACUUCUCUGACUACAUGCACCAGAACCUCCAGCAAAGUUCUCGCAGUGUGAGCACGAACCCGUUGUUGAGCGAGGCGAGCCUGCUGGCGCUCCCAGUGCUUGUGUCCCUCAUCAACUUGCUGCUGCCUGCCAUGUUCAACCUGGCCGCCUGGAUGGAAGACUACCAGUCACCCUCUGUGCGCACAUAUGUUGCCAUCAACAGAAACUUGAUGUUGAAAGUGAGCGUGCUGGGAGUGCUCUGCUACCACUGGCUCGGUCGGGUGGCUGCUGAUCCAAACAGUAUUGGCCUCCAGUGCUGGGAGAGUUUUGUUGGCCAGGAACUGUAUCGCUUCCUGUUAAUGGAUUUCAUCUUUACACUACUAGACACCUUGUUUGGAGAGUUUCUUUGGAGGUUGUUUUCUGAGAAGGUGCUGAAGAGGAGGAGGAAACCAGUGUUUGAUAUUGCUCGGAAUGUGCUCGAUCUCAUCUACGGGCAAACCCUGGCCUGGCUGGGCCUUCUCUUUACUCCUCUGCUGCCUGCAGUGCAGCUCCUCAAACUCCUGCUGCUGUUUUACAUCAAGAAGAAGAGUGUCAUGAUGAAUUGUCAGGCCCCCAGGCGGCCGUACAGAGUCAGCCAGAUGACCACCACCUUCAUCACGCUCCUCUGCUUCCCCUCCUUCCUUGGGGCCUCAGUGUGUGUCACAUACACCAUGUGGAGUAUCACGCCCUCCUCGUCAUGCGGCCCCUUUCGGACACUCAAAACAAUGUUUCAGGCGGGGAAACGCUGGGUGGAGGAUCUGGAACAUCACAAUCCCAAUUUAUCUCUGCUGGCCAAGGCCCACUCCUACCUGGUGGAGCACCCGGUGUUCCUGUUUGUGGGAGCAGGCAUCUUCUUGAUCGUCAUCUAUUUCCACAGCCAGGUGGUGGAUGGGCAGAGGAAGAUCAUCAGCUUACUGCAAGAGCAAAUAGAAAAUGAGGGAGAAGACAAGAAGUUCAUCAUCACCCGUCUGCAGUGCAUCCACGAGCAGAGACGAACCCCCUCCAGAAGACUUGCAAGCCAGGACUCCACCCGCUGAGACUCUUCGGCAUGCAAACAUGGAGGGCAUUUAACUGGAAACGUGGCCUGACAAGAUGAGCUGAUAUGUCAUACUUGUAUUGAAUUCAACUGUGUUAUACUAAGGAAAGGCGGGUGAUUCCAUCACUCCACCUGGCAGGUUAGGAUGAGAUACCCGAGGACAUCUUUCAACUGAUUGAAUCAGUUAGAGAAAUAGAUAUGUAGAUGCACUUUUCCACUAACUGUGAACUUUCAAAAAAUCUAAGCUCUGCCUAUAUUGUGUAUGGUGUUUUUUUUAAUUUUUUCAUGUUUAGAAAUACUGUUUUACGUGUGUAUGCAGGUAACAGGAUGCUGGAAAUUGUCUUGCUAUUGUGUGUUUUUAGCAUUGUAACUGUUUUUUCAUUA